GUCAAUAACGAGCCCGGCGGAGGCGGCGGGAGGAGCCGCGAGCGGGGCCCGGGCGGCUGCGGGGUGAGCGCGCCCCGGGGAGCCGCCGCCGCCGCCCUCCUGACCCCGCGCGUCGAUGCGGCGGCCGCGCUGCCCGCCCGGGCGCCUCCCUGCCUAGCGGGGCGCGCAGCUCCCAUGUAGCCGCCGCCCCCGCGGAGACACCGGCCGACAGGGACCGCCGGGGGGGACAGGGGAGGAGGCAGCGGCGCCCUCCCCUCCCCUUCUCCCCCCGGGAGCCGCCGCCGCCCUCCGGCUCCGCAGCAGCGCCCGCGGCGCCGCCGCCUCUGCAGGCUGACUCAUCAAUAGAAAUUGGGAAGAGCUGCAGAAGAGAAGCCAAACAGACAAGCUGAUAACUCGAAGAAACACUCUCUUGAGUUGGGGGUUCAAAGUGGAGCCAUCAUGAGCGAUGUUACCAUUGUGAAGGAAGGCUGGGUUCAGAAGAGGGGAGAAUAUAUAAAAAACUGGCGGCCAAGAUAUUUCCUGCUAAAGACAGAUGGCUCUUUCAUAGGCUAUAAGGAGAAGCCCCAGGAUGUGGAUCUGCCAUAUCCACUCAACAACUUUUCAGUGGCAAAAUGUCAGCUAAUGAAAACAGAGCGACCAAAGCCAAACACAUUCAUUAUCAGAUGUCUUCAGUGGACCACUGUCAUAGAGAGAACGUUCCAUGUAGACACUCCAGAAGAACGGGAAGAAUGGACAGAAGCAAUCCAGGCUGUGGCAGACAGACUUCAGAGGCAAGAAGAAGAGAGAAUGAACUGUAGUCCAACUUCACAGAUAGACAAUAUAGGAGAAGAAGAGAUGGAUGCUUCAACAACACAUCAUAAAAGAAAGACAAUGAAUGAUUUUGACUAUUUAAAACUACUGGGCAAAGGCACGUUUGGCAAAGUUAUCUUGGUCCGAGAGAAGGCUAGCGGGAAAUACUAUGCUAUGAAGAUUUUGAAAAAAGAAGUCAUUAUUGCAAAGGAUGAAGUGGCUCAUACGCUCACUGAAAGCAGAGUACUGAAAAACACAAGACACCCUUUUUUAACAUCCUUGAAAUAUUCCUUCCAGACAAAGGAUCGUUUGUGUUUUGUGAUGGAGUAUGUUAACGGAGGAGAGCUGUUUUUCCAUUUGUCGAGAGAGCGGGUGUUCUCAGAGGACCGCACACGCUUCUAUGGUGCAGAAAUUGUCUCUGCCCUGGACUAUCUGCAUUCUGGGAAGAUUGUGUACCGCGAUCUCAAGUUAGAAAAUCUAAUGUUGGAUAAAGAUGGACACAUAAAAAUUACAGAUUUUGGACUUUGCAAAGAAGGAAUCACAGAUGCAGCAACUAUGAAAACAUUCUGUGGUACUCCAGAAUACCUGGCGCCUGAGGUGUUGGAAGAUAAUGACUAUGGUCGUGCGGUGGACUGGUGGGGGUUAGGAGUUGUCAUGUAUGAAAUGAUGUGUGGAAGAUUACCAUUCUACAACCAAGAUCAUGAGAAAUUAUUUGAACUGAUUCUAAUGGAGGACAUAAAAUUUCCUCGAACUCUAUCUGCUGAUGCAAAAUCAUUACUAUCAGGCCUACUGAUAAAGGAUCCAAAUAAGCGACUUGGCGGAGGCCCAGAUGAUGCAAAAGAAAUCAUGCGUCAUAGUUUCUUUGCUGGAGUAAACUGGCAAGAUGUAUAUGAUAAAAAGCUCGUACCUCCUUUUAAACCUCAAGUGACAUCUGAGACAGACACCAGGUAUUUUGAUGAAGAAUUUACAGCUCAGACUAUUACAAUAACGCCGCCUGAAAAAUAUGACGAGGAUGGUAUGGACUGCAUGGACAAUGAGAGGCGGCCGCAUUUCCCCCAGUUUUCCUACUCUGCAAGUGGACGAGAAUAACUUUUUUGUUCUGCUGCUUCACUGUCAUCUUAGGUUUAUCACUGAAAAUGAUUCCUGAACAUCACCACCAGAACUAGAUACUAUCUAAGAUAGCGGGGGCACUUUCAGAGACCAUUCCAAAUUGAACAAGUUUCUUGCCCAAACCUACCCAAAGUCCGUUUUGGUUUUGCAUGAAAUAUGAGAUUUUUCUCUACUACGCUCUCCUGCUGUUGCUGCUGUCCACAGUCUCAGUAUAAUAGCAACGUCGAGAAGUUACUAAUGGUUUCUUUGAAGGUAGAUGACUUGACUUCAGCGUUGUACACUUUGUGCACAAGUAGUCAUCUAUUUUUCCUCACAGUGGAGGCUAAACAAAAAAUGUGUUGGUCCGGCUUUUCUUCUUCCAGAAGACGAAUCAAAAUUGUAAUUAGUCUAAAAAGACUAGUCUAUAACAUUUUCUUGCAUCUGUUUGUGCUGGUUAGAACAAGGAAACAUAGGGGUGGUGAUGUACAUAUGCGAGGUUUCUGUUAGGCAUAUCAUUACUUGAAGCAGGUCUCUGUCAUUAACAUCUGUCUGGAAUUUGCUUGGGAAACGUUUGAGAGAAGGACUUAAACUGUUGAUAUAUAUAAAUAUAUAUAUAUUAUUUUUUAAUUACUGUUGGAUACUACAGAAGAAGCAGAAGGGCUGGGCUUACCCAGCCUGCCACUUAGAACUUCCAGGUUCAUGUGCAAUCAUGGAGAAUCGAACAUCAUACAUGCAAGAAAUGAAGGCAUAAAAGCAGCAGUUGAAGUUGUUUAAGGGGUCUCAUAAUUUGCACCAGAUAACAUCUUUCUCUUGCUUUUCUUUUUCUUCAUGAUAUACAUCACCUCUGAUGGCUGAAGAAUGUAGACAGGCAUAAUGGUAUUGCUUUUCACCAAAAUGUGUGCACCAAGGUAAACAGGUGUUUGCCUUACUUGUUUUAUUUUGACUUUGUGAAUUAGCUUUUUCUCCAGAUGUUUAGCUCUGAAUAUUCUUUGUUAUGGGGUUUUUUUUUUUUUGUUGUACUGCAGUAGUAUUUAUUUUUAGAGAUAAGGAUUGUAUGUGUCAUGUUUGCAAAUGCUGCUACAUCUUAGAUAGAACAGGCUUAUAGCAGUUAAUUUUGUAAUAUAUGGAAGGACUGUACAAGCUGAAGGGGAUAAUGCACUUUUCUCCCAUGUGGAAAUUUUAACAAGGCUCUGAAAUUGUACAUACUGCUUAGAAUCAGAUUUUUGUGAAUGAAAUACUGUCUUUCAAUUGUUUGGCCAUGGAGGUGAUGAAUUCCAGCUUCGUGUGCCAAAGAGUUAAAAACAGGCAAAAGCGCUACAUCUUGUGCUCCAUUGAGGAUAAAUGUAAUUAAGAGCCUGACAGCACAACAGAAAAUUUCUGUUCUAUAUGAAGGAAAUGUAUUUGAACAAUGAGACCAUAGUGAUUAUAAGAAAAGCACUUUAUUUUAAUAAUUAAAAUAGUAAAUUUCUUGCAUCAGCCAUUUUCAAGCAAGGUUUGCCCUCAACCAAAAGAGUCCCAAAACUCAGCAUGUUACAUGUAACCAUGGUACCUGAUUGACCGAAUUUAAAACAUCACAAGAAACACUCCACUGGUAGAAAACCGUCUUUCCAUUUCCAAAGAUCUGAACCUAACAGACUGUGUGCAUAAACUUUAGCUUUGAUCCUCAGCAAUGAUAAUCUUAAUAAUAAACCCUUUGGUGCUAGGAGUCAGGAUAUUACGGAGCGCAGUGGUAGCAUACACGUGUCCUUGCUAACGACAUCUGAAACCCCUGACUCCACGGGAUUAUCAUUCAAAGUAUCUCUGCGUUUGCAUCUUGUUAAGCUCCCAUGAAGACUGUGAUAUCGCAGAGUAUUGCUGGUUGCGUUGUGUGAAUGAGUAAAUGUGUCUGAAAGGAGAGGUGUUCCUACGCAGAUGCCUUCGCCUCUUGAUGUGGAACGUUGAUGCCCAAGCAUGAAGCCCACUGCUGGCAGUGCAGGUGCUGGGACGGUCAAGGGGUAGAUGGGCAUUUUAGCAAGGCAGCUAAGGACACAGACUAAUUUAGACAAUUUUUCAUGUUUCAUGUUUUAUCUGUAGUAAGUGGAUGGAUAAUCAGGCAGAAAUAUAUCAUGAGGUAUAUUUUUAACUACAUAGGAUCUCUUUCUGUUCACCUUGUAACACUAAACACGCAUAGAGAUUAUCCCUCCACUGAGAGAGAGGAGCACAGCAAAUGCAUUGCAGGUCUGUUCUGCACCGGUAGUUAGAGGUGUCUGCACUGACACCAGGAGUGACUGAGAUACAAUAACUGAGUACUUAAUAGAUGGGCAUUAAUUAGUUCUCUGCAAAGGCCUCAUACUUAUAGACUAAAGCUAAGGUGAUUCAAAAUCUAUGUUACACGCCUGUGUUUUUCCCCUGUGUUUUCAGCUUGUAAUAGCAGUAAGUUUCUUGACAGAGGGUACCUUUAGCUAAUGACCAGCUGGUGCCGUGCCUCUGGGCAGCCGUUCCUCGUGUGCAGAAGCAGCCCUGUGGUUGGCUCACCAUUGCGUAGCGUUAGAAUGCAGUUUGCAGUAAAUAUCUGUCUGAAUUAUUUGAAAAUCUUUUAAGACUUCACUUUGCAUUGUAUUGUCUGCCUCCCAAAAUGUUGAUUGAUGAAGUUUACGCUACAGAGAGAGUUAGCAGCCUGCCCCGACCUCUGACUUGGAGCAUUCUCUGUCUUGCCACUGUUAGAAAGAGGUGAGAGACAACGGGGCAAGCAGUGCUGAGAGAAGCUUUUGAAGCUCUUCUUUUGCUGUUUGCAGCUGGGGUUGGAUUUGGACAGGAGGUGGUGGCUGGUUACCUGGGCGAUCCUUUCAAGCACAGUACAUUUGACUUGGACUCCAGCUUGUACUGACUUCCAUAACACAGUAUGCCCUCUUCUACUGCAGCCAUCUCGGAGGAAAUAGGUCAUUUCUGUUUGGAUUUUGGCAGUUUUGCACACAGCUUCGCUUUCCACACUAAUCCAUCUUUCAGUACAUUCCUGUUGCUUAAAGAACAUUUAUUCCAGUAUUGUUUUACAUUUUUUUUUUCCAUCUUUACUUGCGGCUUCUUAAAGCUGACUGUUCUUGCAGGGGCCAUGUGCUUCUCCUAGAGUAUAAAAGUAAGGUCUUUCCUUACUAACUGCAGGGUCUAUAUAUUACACCUCAAUGUACACACUUUGCUGCUACUGUUUGUACUGUCUACAGUAGAAUUUCCUUAUCUUGCUCCUGGUAGUGCAUUACAGGCAAGCAUGAAAUGUAAAGUAUUUAUUUAAAUAAAAACCUCUAAAUUGGUAAUUGAAUUACCUCCCUGUAGCUUUAGAGUUUGUGACAUUUCUUGACCUUGCUAGUUCUUUCAUUAGAUCCAUGCAAGAUCUAGUCAUACGGUUAAGGAUAUUAAGCAGACACGACUAUGAACCCAAGAAACCGUAUUACUGUUGGUCAUACUUAAACUGUUUAUUUCCUUAAGUAUAUGACCCACAAGGAUGUGAAAUAGCUACAAGAAACUGUUUUUGUACACUGUACAUCCUUAGUAUUUUUACACGUAUAUGAUAGGGAUGCACAUUAUUUUCCUUCGUACAGACAGCUUAAAUAAAGCACUAUGUCAAUCUGCUACUUCUGUGUUUUUUAAUGCUAAUCUGUUCUGGAGGUUUGUAAAUAUAUAUAUAUAUAUAUGUUCAAGCUUGCCACAAAGAACGUAUUUUUUUAUAUCUGCACAUUACUAUUAAAUAUCUUAGAGGAUAAAAUUCCUAAUUUGUUCUGCGUGAAAGAAAGAAAAGCUGAAAUGAGAAGGCUAUAUUGCAGAUUACAGAAGAUUUCUCAAGUUUGGGUUAAAUAUUUACUUCAUAUUUUAAAGCAAUUUUAUAUAGGUUAGAGGUUUCAAUCUUGAAAUGCACAAAGAAUUUACUUAAUUUCUUCUUACAAGAAAAUGUACACCGUUAUUUUUUUAUCACUGUAUAUAUAAUGAUCUGUGCAUGUUCAGUUACAAGUUUGAUUUGCUGUGAAGUCCUAGUGAUAUCUGUAACUCGGCUGUGAUGUAUUUCAAAUACUGGGUGAUCAGUUUCAGCUUGUAAAUUAUUAAGUUACAGUAUUGUCAAAAAAAGGUUUUAUGACUAAGCAAGAUGUAUCUGUGCUUUGAACCAAGGCUGUUUCCAUACAGGCGGUUCACGUGAACUCUGCAAGGUGUGAGUCACUUGCGAAAGUAAAUUUGGGUUCUACUUUUCAAGUAAUGAUUACACAGGGCUAUGUUCCUGUCGGAACACCCACGAUUUCAGCGAUUUGUCAUCUAAUGAAAUUCAUAGCUUCGCAUCCCAUAGGUAGGUGAAGUGCUGGAGUAAGGAGAGAGAAAAAUUGGAAGGUGGGAUUUGCAGGGCACCUCAGACUGGGACUCUUUGAAGCCCGUAAGCUGGUCCAGGUCUGUUUGAACAGACUGGUCAGAGGGGCUGAGUGUCCUUAAAGCAGGUGGUCAUCUGGCUUUUAGCUCCAUUCUCAGACAUGAAUGCUUCCCUGGAAUAGAGGUGCUUCAUCCAGGUCUCAGGUUUGUUCCUCCCCGCCUCCCUCCCUUUUCUUUUCUCCCCCACAUUGUAGCAGGAAAGAGCAGGAGCCAGCCAGGCAUUAGUUCCGGAAUAUAGCGGCCAGUGACCAGGACUUGGCUACAGCAGUGGCAGAACGGUCUGGUCCGGCUGCGUCCUGCGUCGCAGGAUCACCCUGUGGCUGUGGUUGUGGGAUUUCCUGGAUUCGAUCCCCUGGUCUGACACUCGUAAUCCAUGUAAAACUACACAUUUUGUGCCUAAGUGUGUGUGUGUGUGUGUGUGUGUGGGAACAUGAGACAGGUAGACCUAGUGCUGUGUGUGCUUAAUGACUAAUUAAUUGCUACAAAGUAGAUUAGCUGCUGCAGAGAAAUUGAUUCCUUUUAGGCUCCCAGGAACAUAACAAAUUGAGCCUACACCUGCGAUAAGUAGGAAAGCCUCCUUCCAGUCGCAUAUACUUGGAGCCCAGAAUGCUUGGUUGAGAUCAAACAAACGCAUGCACGUGCAGGUGGGUGGCUGGCAGUGUGCUCUGCACGCGGCCACCAGAAGCCACCUGGUAGGUGAGGCAGGUCCAGAAAGGUUGAGAGUCCGGCUGUGCCUUGGGCAGGGCAGCUCCAGGAUCUCCGUGAAGCCUAAGUGUUGGGACUAGGUGGCCAAGUGCCUUUGUGCGUGCCUCUGUUUAAAUACAGAUUUAUGCUGUGGAAUAAUAAAAAAAAAAAAAGAAUUUUUAUAAAGUUUGCAUAUUCCUACAUUUAUCACUGUAUAUUCUUACCUGUGUAACCAUCUAUAAAGUAGUGACACUUAACUGUCUGCCUGAUUACCGUGGAGAACCCAGAGUUUGACUAGAGAGGACUUUUCUUCAUGAGGCUUUCUCAUCCCUAAAGACCUGAGGCCACUUUAAGCAUGUUUAUUGUCAGAGUGGUGAAGCCGUUCAGGGAGGAGCUCAGAUGUGUUCGGCAGUUUAAUAUGGCAGGAAAUUGAAAUAAGGAAGAAAAACCACUUUGAUGUUAGGGCUGAACCACUAAUAAUUCUUAAAAUACAAGGGAAGGAAAGCUUGUGUCCCACAACAAAUGGUAACUUAUUGCAUGUGUUGUUACUCCUAUUUUUGUUACAUUUUAUGUCUUCAUGCUGGCUGAAGUAGAUUUAUUAAAGGUGAUCUGUUCUUUGCCCUCCCCCCCCCCCUUUACUAGUACAAUUCUGCAACUACACUGAAAAUAACAGAUGUAGGAAUUUUUUUCUUACAUGCUUAGAUUAUUUUACACCCAGCUUAGCAAGAGAUUCAGACGAAUUCUGCCUGAAACAGUAUAGUAUUUGGAAAAUAACAUUGAAAAACCCAAAUAGACAAUUAAGCAGAAAAAAAAAGCCCUCCAGCUUUAUCUUCCAAAUGUUUGGAGUUCAAUAAUUUAAAGCCAGGGUCAACUGAUGCGCAUCUCUGAGGCUGCUAAAUAUUCGCUGGUGGAAAAAUCCAGCAUCACCGUUUGAGUGUUGAGAGCCGAGCACCUCUCUUACAGGCUAAUCUGUACUAAGAGUUCCUUUCUCUUAAGGGCUUUAUCUAAUGAAUGCUCGGAAGGGAAACCUGCUCCAUGGAAAUUUUUCUACAUUACAUGGAACAUUUCUCAUAAGUA